AUGUCGUCUCUUCCAUCUCGGACAGGACGAGAUCGUCAACGUUACGAGAAUAAUUUCCGUCUCGUUUCUGGGUGCAUUCCGUAUAGAUUGAUUAAAGAUGAGGAAACUGAAGAAGACCAAAGUGUUGACUUUGUAAACAAAUUGGAAGUUCUUAUGGUUUCAUCUCCUAAUCGCCAUGAUCUUGUCUUCCCAAAGGGAGGAUGGGAAGAUGAUGAGACUGUUCUUGAAGCUGCUUCUCGUGAAGCCAUGGAAGAAGCAGGAGUUAAAGGAACACUUAGAGAAGUUCCUUUAGGAGUUUGGGAAUUUAGAAGCAAAAGUAGCUGUGAGGAGGAUGACUGUUUUGGUGGAUGCAAAGGUUACAUGUUUUCAUUAGAGGUAACCGAAGAGCUCGAGGAUUGGCCAGAACGAGAGAAUCGCCAGAGGAAAUGGUUGAAUGUGAAAGAAGCAUUGGAGCUGUGUAGGUAUGAGUGGAUGCAGAGAGCACUUGAAGAGUUUUUGAAAGUAAUGGAAGAAGAAGGCAAACUGAGAACAGAGGAAGAGACAGUGAAGGAUUCUUCAAAGCUAGAAGGAGAGUGUGAAAUAGAUCCUUGGUACUGUUUUGAAGUUAAUUAG